AUGGUUUGCACUCCUAUCCUGACAGAAGGAGCGAUCACAACAGAGAGUUGGGUGGCUAAAGGAGUUUUCACAGUGCGCAUGGAUGGAUGAAAGUAAAAUGGGUAAAAGAGGGAAAAAAGGGGAAUCCCACCAACAUCCAUGUCAAGACUCAUCUUUCUGGACUUCUUCUGUCUGGUACUCAGGAAGGAAAGAACAUCUGUCAGUUGUGUGAUCCUUGUAUGUUCAUCACUAUUCAGUCCUGGAUUCCUGCUGGGAGAAGUGCAAGAGAAAAACAUCAGCUUCUGUCAGUCGCACCGAAUUGUUGCAGAGGUGGAAGGACAGGGGACAGCGUGGUGAACAGACCAGCUCAGGAGCAUCUGUGUUUACUCUGCAUGGUCACUGUGAAUGAAAGGUGUGGAACUGAAGGACAUGUAGAUGUUACCGUUUACACAUCCGGCCUCCUAAAGACUAAUUAUUGUCUGGGAUCUCUUUACAAAAUCUAAAAGGCAAUUUCUCUCUCUGGUGAACUGACAUCCACUACCUCACAAUAAUGACCUUUGCCUGAAUUGCAGAUUCAAGCCCCCACCCUACCCCACCCCAGCCCUCCUGAGUACCUUUAAAUACUGGUAAUCACAAAUGACAGUGUUCACAUAUGUCAUUGCGACUGGAUACACAUACGCUACAGUCAUGCCAUCUCCGGUGAUUUAGGUUUAAGCAUGUCGUGGGACAAACUGGAGAUCUGUGCUCAGUCAAUGGCAGCUGGAGCCAAGAGAACAGAGACUAAUGAGAAAGGUAGAGAUUGAAGGCCUGUUCCAUUAGUACUCCCAGGGGAAGCAUGGGCCUGUAUGCUGGCCGGACACUCUGACCUCUCCCAAAUACAUGUGGGACAUUACUGUGGUGUGCACCGGAAAUAUCUGCAUGGCAGACAGACAACUGCGCUUCUUGGAGUACCAGACAUGGAUAUGGAUGUAACUAUUUUCUUAUACACAAAUAUCUGACUGCUAUUUUCUCACUGUAUACAAAAGAAGCAAAAAGGCUCAUGUUAUGAGCAGUACAUUUUAGCACUGCACUGGAGAAAGAGAGUCUGCGUUUCUUUGUUUUCUUGGUUGGCUGUGACUCUCCUGCCUGGGAAUAUCAUGCGACUAUAAACAGGAGGUGGCUCAGACAUCUGAUCCCUGCUCUGCUCAUCUAUCAGUUAUCUCAGCAUUACCAAAUCAAACCAGAGAUCUGAGAGAAGAAAAAAAAUCAGCCUAGAAGACAUCAGCCUAUGUUCCCCAGCAUCCACUGGAUACAGGUGGCUAAUUGCUUAGCUUUCUUGCCAACAAGGUCAGAAAGGAGAAAAGUGACAACUCAUUGACAUCUUUGGUGAGACAGUUGGGGUUUUUCGGCCUCUCUGGGAGGGACUAGCAGUAAAAGGAAAAGCCUCGCUGGGGGCUCUAGUUGAACGGAAGCACUUUUCUACAAGCGAUGUUUGGAUGCGAUGCUCGUCUCUGUGGAUCUAACAUGGACUCUAUGGCCUGAUUACACCGCUCUGGUGUUCAGAUAGUGCUGGAGGCAAGGGAUAAUGUGCCCUGAAAAAGAAGCCACCAUGAGCAACGUCACGGUCACCGACAACACUGAGCCCAUCAGCGGCACCAUGAGUCCGGCGACCCCCAGCCUAUAUCCUGUUAGUUUUCAGGUCUCCCUGACAGGCUUCCUCAUGCUAGAAAUCCUGCUUGGCCUGAGCUCCAACCUCACUGUGCUUGCCCUUUACUGCAUGAAGUCAAACCUCAUUAGCUCCGUCAGUAACAUCGUCACUAUGAACCUCCAUGUGCUGGAUGUACUGGUUUGCGUGUGCUGCAUCCCUCUCACCAUUGUGGUGGUCCUACUCUCCCUGGAAGGAGACACAGCCCUCGUCUGUUGCUUCCAUGAAGCCUGUGUUUCCUUCGCUAGUGUUGCCACUGCUGCUAAUGUACUGGCCAUCACCCUUGAUCGUUACGACAUCUCUGUCAAACCAGCCAACAGAGUCCUGACCAUGGGUCGUGCCCUGGCCCUGCUGGCCACCAUCUGGGUGCUAUCCUUUGUUAGCUUCCUUGUACCCUUUAUUGAGGUGGGCUUCUUUGCUCAAGGCCACACAGAGCAGAACCAGACACUGGUGGAGAACGUGGUCCCCACUAACCAGUACUACAAUGAACUUGGCCUCUAUUACCACUUGCUUGCUCAGAUUCCUAUUUUCUUCUUUACUGCAAUUGUCAUGCUAAUCACCUACUCAAAGAUCCUGCAAGCGCUCAACAUUCGCAUUGGUACGCGUUUCCAUGCUUCACAGAAGAAGAAAGCUCGCAGGAAAAAGCGUCUGUCCAUGACAACCAUGACAACACAGCAAGAGACCACGGACGGCUCGCAGAGCAGUGGCACCCGUAAUCCCACGCUGGGUAUGCGAACCUCCGUCUCCGUCAUUAUUGCCUUGCGCAGGGCAGUUAAACGUCACAGGGAAAGACGAGAACGCCAAAAGAGAGUUUUCAGAAUGUCCCUCCUCAUCGUGUCUACUUUUUUGCUGUGCUGGACGCCCAUCACGGUACUAAACACAGUAAUCCUCAGCGUGGGCCUCAGUGACCUGAUGGUCAAGUUGCGACUAGGCUUCCUGGUCAUGGCUUAUGGGACAACUAUCUUUCACCCACUACUCUAUGCCUUCACAAGGCAGAAGUUCCAGAAAGUCUUGAAAAGCAAGAUGAAGAAGCGAGUGGUGUCAAUAAUUGAGGCGGACCCUACCCCCAAUAACGCUAUUAUUCACAACUCUUGGAUUGACCCAAAGAGGAACAAAAAGGUGACGUUUGAGGACAAAGACGCCCAACUGAAAUGUCUAUCUUCAGAGAAUGUGGAGUGAAGGAACUUAUCAUCUUAUCAGCAAAUACAGUCAAAGCAGCUAAAACUGACAUCAGGUCAUGACGAAAAAGGGAAAACGUUAAUCCAAAGCAGUAAUGUAAAUGUUAUGGGCAGUAGAACAUACAACAACAUGAGUUAGAUUAUUUAUUACUAUUUAUUGAGAACAAAACUAGGUUUCAUAGAUAUACUGUCUACUGUACUGUAGAUAUUGCAUGGCUUUUUGUAUCAGUCGCAACAUAAAUAACAUUGUGUACAUACAAAUACAUGUACAGAAUAGGGUAAACAAAGUAUAUAUAUAUAUAUAUAUAUAUAUAUAUAGACAGAGAGAGAGAGAUAGAGAGAGAGACAAAGACAUAGAAAUUGUUAUGUAAAUGUAUAUUUAUAAUAAAUUUUGUGUUCACUCGUACUCUCCCCUCCCCCGAGUAAAAUGUCUGUGACUGUGUAACAGCUGUGAGAUUACUCCCAUUCAUCACUGUGCAACUCGUUCUGACACCAGACCCUGAUAUCACCAGUGACCACUGACCUUAUUGCCGAGAAAGAGCACUCACACUUAAAUGAGACAAUAAGCGUGAAGCCACACCAAAACACACACAGGUCAAAUGUAAUGUGGAAACAUAGGUAUUGGAAGUUGUGGAUGUUUUAUUGCUUUAGCUAAAAGUGUAAAAAAAACCCUUUGAGAUUGCCGCUCACAAACACCGCUUUUAUAGUCGACAAAGACCAAGAUCACAUUUCUCAGACGCAACAGAACGCCACAGUUCUCAUCAUCACGUCUGACAUAAAAACAGAUGUUAUGAAAAAUCUGUUUCGCAUUAGCAGUCACCUCUUUGAGCCAAAUGGAAAUUCUACAGUUGCCUUAUUUUCAUUUGAUGAAUUGUGUUGUGGCAGAACAGGAGACUGUGACAGUGACGAGCACAUGCUGAACACGCUGAAUGAAUGAUCAGCAAGCAUUGUGUUUAUUUUCGAUGGCACAAUAAUCCACAGAUAACGUUUCAAUACACAAGUUUCUUAACCGAAGGGAAAUUGUUGUAUUAUCGAAUUGUCUGUGCUUAACAACAACAGCCAAACGACAAUGCUUUCCAAAUAAGCAAAUCCGUGACUGUAAUAAAGGAUCACUGCAAAUAUCAUGAAGGAAAAUAAAAGAUUUUGUUUACAAUACACAACAAUGAAGUUCUUCUUCCAUGCUUGCGUGUAACUACCAGUAGUGCAUGCCUUUGAUUGUUUAUCAAAGAGAAAGGACGGUAAAUGUGUUUGUAUUUUUCAGCUGAUAGAUUAUGAUGCAGCCAGCUUUGUAUUUUUGGCUCAACUUGUCUAGUUGACACAUUUGCCCUAAAUAACUCAGAAUAAUUUAUUCAUUCAGCUGCAGAAGACUUUCUGAAGUAAAAAUCUGCAGGAAAAAAAAAUACUGUCACCUUAAUACAUUUGAUGUGCACUUUAAUACCAAAUCUGGAUGCAGAGUAACAAUAUUCAUCAGCAUGUAAAACCCCCCUCAGCUACUGUGGCAGUCUACUUCAUUUCAAUCCCAGGGUCAACAAUUAGACUCUAUCUGUGAUGUGGAUACACACAUCGCAUUUCCAUGCAUACAUGAAGGUACACACAAAUUCAUUUCCAUUUGUUCCCAUGGUACAUUUCUGUAAUGAACUUUUUACAUGCGUGCCGUUGCUGCAUCAGGUAUGGUAGAAAACUGAAGAGCCCUUUAAAUCCCGAGAGCACAGUUGUGUUGGCUACCAGAGUGAUUACACAACCUCGAUCAGAUGCCUCUCUAGCUGUCGGCGUCUGGUUUGUAGCACAGCAGAAAGGAGUGAUAUGGGAAUAUUGAUGCAGGCGAGGUUCUUUAUGGCUCCCGCUGUUAACAAGCAGUGUGGAUGUCAUGGUGCCUUGAGGGCACAUUUGUGAUUGAGAGUGGAGAUGGGAACACUGCCAGCAACAGAUUAGCUGACAGGGCAAAGAAAGUGACCUACAAGAUGGCACAUUUAGCCAGAGGAUAAACCUAACAUGAAUAUGUAUACAAGUCGGAAUUUUACAAGACAGACUUCCAAGGUGAGGCAUCAGAAAUAAGUCUAUACAUUUAUACGGGCAUACAACAGUGAGACACAAUAACCAACAGGAUUAUCUUCCUGGAAAACACGUGAAUUAGAUCUGUGCUCAAAUGCCAGGUACUAUUCUAAACUUCAUCAGUGCUGCUGGAAAAAAAAUCUUUUUUAUUGAUUCCCUCCUAAAAUUACCCCGCAAAGACCAAUACAAUUUAUGUUAACUAGACUCUGAGGUCACAAUUUGUUUUCGAUCCACAAGUGCAGCCACACUGGAGAGAAACAAACAAGCCAAAAAAAGAUCUCGUGAACACACCAACAUAUCCUGAUGUGCUGGGUAAUGUAUCAGUUCCCUUGAUGUUACUUCCUGCACACACAGAAAUGUGUGAGUACUGGGUACAUCAUUUAAUGGCAAUGCUAAUACCAUUAUUUGCAUUAUUUCUAUUAUACAUACUGACCUUAAAGGGCCUACUUGGUUAGACUUCUGUUGUGUUUUGUAGCUUCUUGUUCCCAUUACCAGCUAUUUUAAAGUCAGGUCACAAGCCUUGGUCCUUAUCAGUUCACAGAGACCGUUGAAAAUUUCUCUAAGCAGGAAUAACACCUCCACAUUUAUGCAGAGGACAUAUGAAAAAGACACUUUUUCUACCACACUAACCAGCUGACAUCUUAUUUAUACAUUAGUUUGACUAGUGGCAAAAAUCUUCACAAAGUCUACUACAGGUUAGUGUUAAUGGCCUGUAUUGUUUGCUGUCGCCACAAAUGAAAGCUGCUUUGUUGGUCUGGAAGUUUGACUAUCUACUUAAUAUCUAAUAAUACAAAAUUAUUAUUUUGUCACACUGUAGCCCAUUUCAUAGAAAAAAUGGAAAGGCUAGCAGUGUAUUAAACCAAAUCAAUCUCCACUCUUAUUUUGAAAAAAUAUUGCAUUAUUAAAUGCUCCAAACUAUCCCAACUAAGACCUUUUUUAUUGAUAUGAUGUUGUUACAAACACCAUGACUAUAACAGAGGAGAAAAUAUUCUUCAUUGCAAAGGCUCUUCUCCUGUGCAACUGAAAAAUGAACUAGAGUAAUGUGUAAAAUCAAGCCUGGGUCUCUUGUCAAUAUAGUUGGCAUUUUUCAGACUGACCUUUUUGAGCCGCAGUGUCCUCAUUCAUUUCUGGAUUACACAUACUGCGCUAUAAAAUUGUUUUAAUGCUUCAUUUCCUCUGUGGCAACAAAACACAUUGCACAAGCCUUCAGAAAAAUGUGUUUUCUAAACUGGGAUAGCAAAACACUUUGAGUGCUGACCAUAGGUUGAAAAUUAAAGAUGGAUGUAGCCACUCUGGCAUCACCUAUUGGUUAGUGAAACACCAUGUCAAGCCUUAAGCAGGAGGACAGCUGUCAUAAGGGGAGGAUCAGACUGAUAAAAGAGCCACACUGCUCGCUAGUACCAUAAUGACUUGUCAAUCGCAAAAACAUAUCCUGCUUCAUACUUCGCUUUGACUCUAAUGAGGGUCAUAGGUUACAGAAAAUACAUAAUAACGCUUGAAACUAGAGAACGAAAUGAAAACAUUCUUCUAUUUCCCAUUAUGUUUUACUUUAUUUAUUUAUUUUUAUUAGAGGUCAGCUUCUGCUGUCCAAAAAGUCUCAAGCCACUCCUCAUUUCUCCCCAUUUUGCUAGCAAAAUAGGAAAUAUGUAGAACCAUUUAUUGCAACAUAUACAAGCAUACGUUUUAAAUAUGGCCGCCGGUCCCAAACCAUGACAGAGCCUUCACUGUGUUUUACUGAUGGCUGUGGACACUCACUGUUAUACCUCUUUUCUGACCUCUCCUUGACAGUGACCCUGAAAAUGAGACCAUUUCUGUUGAGGCAAGCAUUAAAUUGAUAAACUGAAGGGCCAGAUGUAUUUUUCAGGUCCUGUGCCAGUUCUUUCCUGUAUUCUUUCCUAUUUCUUAAGGACAUGACUCACUGAUACUGUUCAUCUGCUGUAGUUUUGUUUAGGUUUGCUACUUUGUUUUUUUCCUUCACUUGACCAAUUUCCUCACAUAUUUUAAGCAUACACUGCACCCCAUGCCAAGAUAUGCCAAGUUUCAGAUAAUAGUUCUUUUGGAAUUCCCUUUGUUGGUGCAAAAAUCCUAUUUUAUAUCUGUCAAAAUGUUAUUUCUGGUCAUUUUUUUCAGAUUAAGCUAAAGUAAUGGGAACAAAUUAUGUUUUUUUUAACAGGCUGCUACUAAAAAGUGCCUAAAGUUACAAUUUAAAAUUAUAUUUUGGUUCUUUGCUAAAUUGUCUGUUGGACACAGUGGUUCGUUACUUGAGUUAAGGAUUUCUUUUUUAGGUCAGUGUUAAGUGGCUUAACAAACAAAAAUAAUAUUUGCUUUAAAAAUGGUCAGGUACAAGGACAGGACUGAAAAAUAAUGAAAAAAAAACAGGCAAUGUCCAAAGAAAAACCUGAUCUGCAGAAAGCCUAGAGAACUAUUGCUCAGGACCACUUCUUAACAUGACAGAAAGAAAGUCUGGAGCCUUGAGAGCAAAAUAUAAAGAAAUUAGGGGUGAUUCAAGACUUUUGCACAGUACUAUACAUCCAUAUUUUAUAUGCAGUUGCUCACCAGCAGCAUUUAAACUACAGAUACAUCUUAAUCCCUUCACACUUGCAGUAAAACACCACAUUACACCGAUACGCUCUCUACUCAAACAAUGCUUUCAACAUAGUUGUCAUAGACCAUGAAUAUAUCACACAUUCCACUGUUUCAAAACCAAUUUUAAAAGAUUGUUUUUGUCUUAUUUAUGUUUAAAGUAGUUAAAUAUUAUUGUGAGGUCCUUUCUUACCUAACACAAAAUCAAAACGGCAACAUUAAAACGAUGAAUAUCUUUCUUUGGACAUUGCUUACUAACAGGGCUGUGAAUUUCUUUUCCCUUUAACUGUUUUGUUGUUUACGUGCACUAGUUUGUAGUGUUUAUCUCUGUAAUUGUUGCAAAAAUGAAAUUUCAUUUGGUUUUAACGUAUUGCAGGCAUUUGUUAGUGGAAACGAGUUCAGUCUUAAUAAAGACAACU